AGAUUGCCAACAGGUGCUGUGGCCUUACCCUUAUUCUGUCCUGUUGAUUUUUUGCCAGUCGCAAGUGUAAAGAUGGCUGCAACCCGCCAUCUGGUCUUGUUCGGCCUUAUUCUGGGUUCCGUGUUAGCAUCCCCAACGCAGGGUUUGCGUCAAGGGGACUCAGGGGUCAAUGGAGUGCCACAAAUCCGUCGUGAGAUAUCCGAAGGCCUAGAAGACAUCGUCGAGGAGCUGAUAGAGAUGCUGGAGAACAGGGAGUUAGAAUCACAGGAUGAUAGAAUGGUCAUGGCUGACGCGGCAACGGUUAGCCCAGAUAGCCCAGGAGGAGGCAUGAAGAAAGAUGAGUGGUCAGAGAGCUCCACUCGAGGGAUUGAGGACGACGACUUCGACGAUCUGGUGGACGAAGACAUGCGCUGGUGUGACAGCGAUGAGGAAUUCCAAGGAUCGGCCCUAAGCCUACUGAAGAAGGAAAUGUUCGAGCUCCGGGAGAUCAUCCCGGGUUGGAACGACAAGACCCUGUGUGACCACCAUGAGUGUUUCAAAGAUCUGAAGACGUGGCCGAAGGUUCCCUACUACCUGCUGAAUGAUGCAAACUACCUCAUCACCUGGCCAACCAGGUACCUCAGGGUGUUCUACAUCUUCAACUACAAUUUUUACAACAUGAUGGACAAGAACAUAACUGCAGUAGAGAACUACGCACAGGAAGCUGUUUCAGUACUCGACAAGGCUUACAAGCCAAUCAACUUCCGCGUGUUGCUGGUGGGAGUGAAUGUACUGACGGGGCGCUGGGAGGGAGAGGAGGAGAGACCGAAGUACAACGAGUAUCUGAAACCCAAAGUGCGGGAGUACAUAUGGACUACCAUCAAGCCUGAGGCGCCGAUGUUCCAUACUGCAGUUUAUAUAGCUGGUUACCCCUUCUGGGACGCACCGUAUGCUGGAGCCGGCAUGGGCCAUCUCUGCAAAGUCCUCGGAAUGGACAACUAUCCAUUUGUCAUGGCGGCCGAAGGCAACAAGCGACCUGCAAACCACUACUGGAAUGCCCAUGAGCUUGGUCACGAGUUUCGCAAUGGUCACAACUUUGAUCCCAGCGACGACGGAAGUUCCAUCUGUCCAGCCAAGCGAAUUUUCGGUACGAAAUGUGUAAUGGGAGGAAACAGUUAUCCGACGACCUUCAGCAGGACGUUCCUUGACAAGAUCAGGGCAACUAACUACACCUGCAUGGCAGACAAACCCCCACAGGAGGAAGUCUUCAGGUGUGGAAACGGCAUCCUGGACGCAGGGGAGGAGUGUGACUGUGGGAACAGCCAGAGAUGUAUAACCAGUGACCCCUGCUGUGACGGCCAGAUCUGUAAGCUGAAACAAAACGCGGAGUGCAGCGCUAACAACCCGUGCUGCAACAACUGCAAGGUGGACCUCAUCAGCUGUCCGGACCACGUCAUCGGGAAAGUUAAACGCGCGGCAGAUCCCAUCAAAUCGUUCAAUCGCAUCGACUUCCCGCCCGGAGUCCUGGUGCCGUUUCCUGGCGGAACCAUGACCCCACCGAACCGAAUGUUCAACUGGCUGUUUGAGGCACCAGCUGGUUCUCGUGUCACGCUGUGGUUGGCUAUUCCUCCGCUGGCCUCACCAUCGUUUGAAACGGCGGUAGGUUGUCCCUAUGACUGGAUCGAGGUUCGGGAUGGCGGAUAUGUGAAUUCACCACUUGUCGGCCGCUUCUGCACUCCAACAACAACGCCAAUAGUUUCGAAAGGCACGCAGCUCUUCGUCACCUUCCGAAGUGACAACUCGUUUGACAGUCAUUUCCUCCUGAAGUAUUCUUUCUCCAGCACGGCCCUGUCAGGCAAGAGAUGGAGGGACGACGGUAAAUGCGGAUGGAAAUUCCCCGCACCUGGGGCAGCCUCUGGACAAUGCGAACCUGAUGGAGCAACUCCCUGUUGUUGGUCGAACGGCCUCUGCAAAGGCGAUACAGACUGUGACUGCCCUGGCUGUGUCGACUACCGAAAGUUUAACAAUGAAGGUAUGCCGAAGAAUCCUGUGAAAGCAAUGGAGGUGCAGACUUUGGAUAGUGAAUGCUAUGAAGGCACGGGAGAGGCCUAUCGUGGAGAGGCGGGUAUAACCUGGUCCGGAACAGCCUGCCAGGCCUGGAGUUCCCAGACACCGCACAAGCACAGCUUCAACCCCGCCACCUACCCAAACCUCGGGCUGGAUAACAACUACUGCAGGAACCCAGACAUGUCGUCUCGGCCUUGGUGUUAUACCACAGACCCCAAGAAGAUGAGAGACAACUGUAUCGUAUCCAAGUGUACUGGCCCGGCAUAUAGAGCAGAGUAUGUCGGAUGCUACAAAGACAAAUCUACUCGGACGUUCCCGUUUGCCAGACUUCGUGACUACAAAAGCAUGACACCUGCCGUGUGCAUCAACCACUGCAGUGGGCUGGGGUACAGUUACGCAGCGAUUCAAUAUUAUUAUGAGUGUCAUUGUGGCACUGAGGCCAACUUCGCCGCCCUGGAACCCGUGCGGCCGGAGUCUGAAUGCAACUUCCCGUGUAGAGGUGACAAGGAGCAGAAGUGUGGCGGCAACUGGAGGAACUCUGUCUACAAACUCCCAGAAAAACCACCGGCGGGUAGGUCUACUGGUGGAUACUCCUGUGGUGAUGGUUUCAAGAAGUUUAAAGGCCGCUGCUACAAGGUGUUUACCGAGAAGAAAUCCAACGAAGAAGCGAAGACUGCAUGUGCGAGUAUUGACGGACGACUGGCUGCGCCUAAGACACCCGAGAUUCACAAUUUCUUGGUGGGUCUGGCAACAGAACUGGGCGGCCAGAAUGUGUGGAUUGGGCUCCAGAUGGGAGAAGAGGAGACUUGGGAAUACAGUGAUGGCGAGGCUUUGGGGGUAUGUAGUUUCUCCAACUGGGCGCCUGGGGAACCGAAGCCUGGUUCUGGUGCAAACUGCGGACAAUACUGGGCCGGCAGUGGGUACAAAUGGGACGACACCUGGUGCACUACUACAAAUCCAUUCAUAUGCCAAACUGGACCAGCAACAUGCCCUGAAGGCUAUGAGAAAUUCGGAGACACGUGCUACAAAGUCUACACUGAGAAGAAGCCCUAUCGCCACGCCCGUGCAAUGUGUAUCAACGAUGGAGGAAGGCUGGCAGCUCCAAAGACAACAGCAUCAAACAACUUCAUGGUUGAGCUGGCCAAGAAAGCAGGACGUAUGAACAUGUGGAUCGGUGUGAACAAAAUAAACACGGAUGCCUACAAGUACAGCGAUGGAACCCCUUUGAAGGGCUGUAAGUUUACCAACUGGGCUCCAAAUGAACCAAAGGGUGCAGAAUGCGUGCAGUUCUGGGCUGGCAAGAGUUACAUGUGGGACGACUCGAACUGCUCCUACGAAAACUCCUUCAUCUGUCAGAUCGGACCAGGAGAAGAUGCUGGCUGCUGUGGAGCGCCUUAGUACGUUUUUCAAUCAUCAUUUUUUGAUAGAUUAAUGAUCAUUGAUCAUGUGUUUACAUUGGGCCACCCUGACUUAAUUCUAUGGAUGACAUCCUCUGCAGAUCCCAAAACAAAAAAAAAGAAGAAAAAACGCUGCAAAAGCACAGGACUAAACAUCCAGUCCAUGGCUUCCCAGGCUUGAUUUGUCUUAUGUUCACCUAUAAGACUGUAAAGGACAAUCAUCACCAUUUCAAUUCAAUAAUGUUACCAUAAUGAUUCUUCUAUGGGAACAAGGACAUUGUGCCACCAUGCCCAGACCAUGCGCUCCCUUAUCCUGGAGGACAAAAAUCAACAUGUGCACGGAUGUCAUCCAUAAAAUUAAGUCAGUGUGGCCUUAGCAACAUCACAAUAACUACAUGACUUGACAAUGAAAAAAACAAAACCAAAAAAUUGCAGUACUAUACAAUGUCACUCGAGGGCCCAUGAUCAAAGUUUCCUUCAAUACCAUACCCACAUUACCUUACCCACAUACCAAACAUCAUAAUAUAAAGUCCAUUCACAAGUUCUUGAGUUGUACUCCCAAAGACGGCAUCAAAAACAAUUAUACCUUUUAGGAAAAGGUAAUCAUAUUGUUAGUUGACAUGGCUGCUGAUUAAGUCCUGCCUUCCUCAUCCAAACUCUGUUACAAAUCAAAGUCUCUUCUUUUGUGUCUGGCUCAGAAGGACCAAAAAACAUUUGACAACAUCUGAGGCUGGAUAGCCAUUAUCUAAUAGCCCCUUGACAAAUCUCGUGAAGAGAUGCAUUGCAUGUGACACAAGAAAGUCAUCAUUCAGUAAUUUAGCACCUUAUGUAAUAGCUGGAUAAAUGGGAGACACUGUUUCAGUGCAUGGAUCGAUAUAACGUUAGUUCACCUUUUUCCAUGGGCUAACCUUUAUCCGUUGCUUUUAAGGAUAUCCAAAUGCAGAUGGUGGAUUCAUAUUGCGAUAUUUUCAAAAUAUUGCAGUUUGAAACCAUCCUUCGACUUGAUAUCCCUAUGCUGCUAGAUACCGUUUUUUUUUAAACAAACGGAUAUAGGUUACUCCUAAUGGAUUAAGGCAAACUAGCAUUAGCUAUUCCUACAUAAUCAGCAUCUACCUUUAAGUUAGUCUCUGCUUCUUUCACAGCUUGAAGCAGUUAAUUCUGUGACUUUGGAUUUCCUUUUUUUAAUUAUUCUAAUAGAUAAGCUAUGUAUCUGAUUUCUAUGUAUCUGAUUUCUAUGUAUCUGAUUUCUAUCAUACAAAAGUAUGAUACUAAAGGUUUACAUAUAAUCUACUUUUAAUAACAGCUACUAACAGGUUGUGAGCAAUUGAAGUGGGUGUUAAAAAUUAAGACAAAUAUAGAUUACUAGUAAAACUGAUUUCUGAUAUGUGCAAAUAAAGCAACCAAUCUGUUACUAUUAAAUCUGUUUAAUACUAAUAUGCAAAUGCAAUUAGAUCUCUACAACUGGAUAAAAAAUGGAGAUUUCUUUCCCUGAAGAAGAGUGAUAAAUGUCACUCGAAACAUCCGGAAGUAAAUCUCCUUUUUUAUCCAGUUAUAGAGAUUGAAAAAUUGUAUUAUAUUGUUUACCUGGAUGUCUGACCUGCACAAACAUGUUUUUUUUUCAACCUCCUUGGUCAUAGAAAGUACAGCAGCACAUAAAAAAAGCUGGAUACAAUUCUUUUUCUUCUUUUUUAUGGUGGAGUUUUGCUUAUCAAAUAAUGUUAACUUUUUGUUUAUUAUGUAAUGUUUAGUUUUGUACUUGCAAUUAGUUUUGGAUCAUAUCAAAUAUUUUUUAUCUUAUACCACUCUAUCAGAUAAGACUAACAUGACUAAGAUUCUAAAUUUUGAGACUGUCUUUUUGAAUCAAAGAGACCAGUUGUGCAGAUAACAUCAAUUCUCAUAAUUCCACCAGGUGCCAUAAU